UUUGAUCCGGGGUGUGCACACUUGUCCUCUGCAAUGUACGUUGCAGGCUUUGAGGUGACCACCAUGGACGAAGCCUGCCAGGAAGGAAAUAUCUUCGUCACCACCACUGGCUGCGAGGACAUCAUCCAGGCACAUCACUUUGAGAGCAUGAAGGACGACGCCAUAGUGUGCAACAUCGGACAUUUUGACUGCGAGAUCGACAUGAGCUGGCUCAACGCCAACGCCGCGGAAAAGAUCAACAUCAAGCCGCAGGUAAAACCAACUGAGAUUACAAUAAUCAACUCAGACAUAAUAUAUUCUUUGUCAUCUGGAAAGAAUUCAUAACGGCGGCGCAAAGAA